AUGGAAGUGGAAACGGGAGAUUCAAUUUCAUUGAAGUGCUUUGCCACUGAUGAAGGCAUAUAUGAAUGCAAAGCGAAUAAUACUUUGGGAGUUGCGGUGAAAGAGGUGAAAGUGAAAGUGAGGGGCGGAAGCAUUCAACUGAGUGCUCAAAACUUUCAAUCAAAUGAGAUCUUAGAGGCCUUUAAAGAAGCCAAGAAAGCUGAAGCGAAAACAUAUUUACCAAAAGUUCAGUUCAAAUACGAAGAUCUUUUGUCACCAAAUCAGUUGAAUAUAUUGGCACACCUUUCGGGAUGUCUUGUGGGCCAUCGUUUGCAUAACUCGUACCAAACAAACCGAUGCCGACAAGAGUGCACUCAUAAGAGUUACCGCAGUUAUGACGGCGUUUGCAAUAACUUCGAGAACCAGUUAUGGGGCGCUUCUCUCACGCCUUUCCACCGACUCAUUGCUCCUCAAUAUGAAGACGUGAAACAUUACUGUACCUUAAGUGAGGACAUGCGGCACUCACAUAUGUUGAUGCAACAUGGACAGUUUCUGGACCACGACAUCGACUUCGCCAUGCCUUCUGUCUCGAAGUUACAAUUGAUUCGGUCGAGUGCUUCGUGUGGAAGUGGUCUGACAUCUGUGGCAACGGGCACUUUGAUGCCUCGGGAACAGGUCAACCAAUUAACCGCAUUCAUUGAUGGCUCUAAUGUUUACGGCAGUACUUCCACUCUCGCCAACCAUUUAAGAGACAGAAUCCCAAGAGAUUCAGGACUAAUGCGUUCAAAGAUAAUCAACGGAAAGCAAUAUUUGCCUCAAAAUGAGGGGCGACUGCCAAACGACUGCCAACAGGACCCGAAACGGUCUGACUUUGAAUGCUUUUUGGCCGGAGAUUUCAGAGCCAAUGAACAGUUGGGUCUCUUAACGAUGCAUACGCUUUGGCUCAGAGAACACAAUCGUAUCGCUAAACAACUCGCUCGUGAAGUAAACCCGUCGGUGGCCAAUGUGUUCGCGACGGCAGCGCUUAGAUUCGGUCACACAUUGAUUAAUGCAUUCCUAUUGCGGUUGAAUGAGUCCUACGAACCGACCACUCAAUACGCGAGUCGUCUCCCUCUCCACAAAACCUUCUUUGCUCCCCAAAGACUCGUCGAAGAGGGAGGCAUUGACCCAUUACUGAGAGGACUGGUGGUGGGCGCCACUAAAACGCCCCGACCCGACCAGGUCCUCAACACUGAACUCACAGAACAUCUCUUUGAGUUGGCCAGAGAUGUGUCGCUUGAUUUGGGUGCUCUCAACAUACAAAGGGGCAGAGAUCAUGGUUUGGCGCCUUAUAACGAAUGGCGAAAGUUUUGUAAUUUGAGUUUUGCCCACAAUUUCCGUGACUUGAAGCGUGAAAUCAAAAACCUAUGGGUGGGUGCAGUGUCUGAAGACAUACUGGACGGGUCUAAAGUUGGGCCCACAUUCCAGUGCCUAUUAGUCGAUCAGUUUAAAAGACUUCGAGACGGCGAUAGAACUCUCAAGUAUUCACAUCGGAACAGAUGAAACAAAUAAAGAAGUCAUCGCUUGCACGAGUCAUAUGUGAUAAUUCAGAUAAUAUCACAACAAUUACUUCCGAUGUUUUUAUUCAACCUAAACAUCAAGAUUGGCAUAAAUGUCAAGAUUUGCCAACA